AUGACAAGACCGACAUCUCGAUUGUUCCAACAGGUGCGUAUUAGGCCAGAGGCCGGGAGCCAUCAAAUUGUUCAAGAGUGCCGCAUCGAAGAAAGUGCACAUGUCCAAGAGCAGGAAAAAUUUGAAGAGAGUUUACUGCAGAGAUGUCCCGCCUAUCUCUGGCCUGGGAACUCUUACCAAAAAGCGUGUCCCCGUCCCAUUUUGAUCAAAAAUAAGCACCAAAAACAACUAGAGAACUUGCAUGAGGCGUUGACCAUAGCAAUUACGGAUAUUGUCGAGAGAUGGUGGACCGACAAAGAUGCGCAAUUCUAUGAUCGCAUGCCUCUCGAACGACAAGAGGAAAGUCUUUUACGUUGGAUGGAAGCUCAAGUGAUCGACAAGAAACUCCCGAUGUAUCGCGAGUGUCGGGGUUCGUGGCGGCCAGACUUCCUUGUUGAAGACAUGCUGGACGAGAAUGGUGAAGCAGUGGAAAACUACCGCAUAACUGAGAUUAACGCCCGCUUCUCAUUUAAUGCUUUCUUCCAUUCAAUUUUUGCAUACGAAGGCCUGGAAGACAUGGGAGCUGGAAUAAACGGAUUGAGGUGUGCAGCAGAUCCAACAAAGUUACUUGAUGGAACCAUCAGUCUCUUCCAGACGAACGUUCCAUUGCAUAUUCUCAAGGGUAAAGAACUAGGGAUGGACAUCCAUAUGCUUCUUCAUGUUGUUCAACAGCGGUUCGGGUUCAGACCCAGAAUCAUCACUCCGGCACAGCUCAGGCUCUUCACUCUUGAUAAUGGUAGUGGAUAUAAACUUUGUUGUUUGGUGGGGCAGAAUGAAGAGAUCUCCUCUUUAGCCUGGAGGACCAAUACUGGUGAGGUCGUGGAGGAAAUCCACCAGGUCGGCCUUGAGCUGCAUCAAUCAGAGCUACUCGCCUUAGAGCCGGAGAUGCUGCGUCAGAUUAGUCUCCGUUGUUUCAAUGACUUCCGUUCAAUCUUUCUGACACAUGACAAGCGAAUGCUCGGUAUCUUGAAGCAAGAGCUGGCUUCGCUGGUUUCGCGGUGCGUGAUCACUCGUACACAAGCACAGAUUUUAGAUCAAGGAAUCGCGGAUACCUACCUUCCUGGAUCAAAAGAACUGGAAAGAGUCUUUUGCCUUGCACAGCAGUUUCCCGAUUUACGAAAUGAAUUUAUUCUGAAGCCCAUUCGUAGUGGCAAAGGAGCAGGAAUUGUGUUUGGUGACGAAUUCACAGCCGAAGACUGGAUCUCCGCCUUGCAGCUUCAGCGGAGCACUCAGAUAAUAUCGGGUGUUACCUGCGUAGUGCAGCGCCGCAUUACUCCCAGACUCUACAGUCUUGUUCUGAACUCUUCCGGUGUUCGUGUUCAAUAUCCCCUCAUCGGAACAUUUUUUGUCGUACACGGGAGAUUGCUCGGCCUUGGCGCAUGGCGUAGUAGUCCUGACAAGAUCUGUGCUGUCAGUCAUGGAGGAGCCUGGAUUCUCUCAGUCAUUUCUCAAGAUGAAAUUUAG